AUGUCGGACGCCUUCAAGACAAAGACGAUGAAGCGCAAGAACGUCAAGGGCCUUGCUCUCAGCGCUCCCGCUGCUCGUCCUGCACAGCCCUCGGCGCCUGAUGGAGAAUCGGCUGGCGGUCAAGAACUAAGUCGCGCCGACACACUCGAGAUCGGAGUAGAGUUCAGGUUAGAUCUCAAGAGUGAAGAUCUCCAGGUCAUCAAAGAGUUGGGAGCAGGAAAUGGCGGCACAGUCAGCAAGGUCAUGCACACGGCCACAAAGGUCGUCAUGGCACGCAAGAUCAUCCACGUCGAAGCCAAAAAGGAAAUCAGAAAACGCAUUGUACGAGAGCUACAGAUCAUGCACGAGUGUAAUUCACUCUCCAUCGUCUCCUUCUACGGCGCCUUUCUGAACGACAUGGGCGAUGUUGUCAUGUGCAUGGAGUAUAUGGACGUUGGCUCACUGGACAGCAUCUCCAAGAACUUUGGACCGGUGCGUGUCGACGUUCUAGGAAAGAUUGCAGAGUCCGUCUUGGGCGGGCUCGCAUACCUCUACCGCAUGCACCGCAUCAUGCAUCGCGACAUCAAGCCUUCCAACAUCCUGGUUAACAGCAAGGGUCAGAUCAAGUUGUGCGACUUUGGCGUGAGUAGUGAGCUUGACAACUCGGUGGCGGAUACUUUUGUCGGAACGGGCACGUACAUGGCGCCCGAGAGAAUCCAGGGAUCUCCUUACACGGUCAAGUCGGACGUGUGGAGUGUCGGCUUAUCUUUGAUGGAGCUUGCUAUUGGCAAGUUCCCAUUCCACAGCGAGAACGGCGAAGACGAUGAUUUGGCGGGCCCUCAGGGUAUUCUUGACCUCCUCCAGCAGAUUGUGCUGGAACCCUCACCGAAGCUCCCCAAGAGCGACGCCUUUCCCAAGAUCCUGCACGAUGUCAUCGACAAGUGUCUGAUGAAGAACCCCGACGACCGACCCACACCCGCCGAGCUAUUCGACUCUGAUCCUUUCCUCCAAGCUGCUAAGCGCACGCCAGUCGACCUCGAGGCGUGGGCUGUCAGCAUGAUGGAACGCCACAACCGCAAAUCCCACCUUGUGCCACAGAUCUCUCCCGAGACAAAGCAGUUGCUACGAUCUGGGGGCAGGGAGCUCGAGACACAGCCCAGUCCCGCUUCGUCGUCGUCAGGCGACAUCCCCAUCAGCACACAGUCCAUGCCGCGUCACUCGCAACGUCCGGCCUACCCACAGCGCACCUCAAGCGCCGGUCAGGUACCCAUGGCCGCUCAGCCACCGCUCAGUCUCCCAAUCCGCCCUGCACCUCCCGUUACCUCGACUUCACAACCUCGCUCCGCACGCCGUGAACCCGCCCCUACCUCGAGACCCGACUCGGCUUCUCGCCAGACUCCCAGACGCGAUCCCAAAUACGACUACUCAAACUACGAUGACAUUGUCUCUGGCUACUACGACACGAGCAACAAGUUUUAG